CCCAUAUUCGCCGCCAUUGUUCCUACCUCAUUUGCAGAAGUGUCAGUCGUGUGGAGAAAGUGCAGGUGACAGGAUCCUUCCACCAGUUGCAACGUCGAUAUUUUCAAUCAUGGGUGUCAUAUUGAGAUGGCUUUUGAUGUUGUCUUGUCUUUACAUCUCGGUGGAAGCUCACGCGUACGGCUACAGGCCUCAACCGCAGCCAGUCCGGCCGGCUGCUUACGGUGUUAAACAGCCUUCGUCUUAUUCCUACGUUAGGCCGGCAGCAGGGGGCUAUGCGCCCCAGCAGCCGGCCGUCAAAUAUGCAGCGCCCGCCAAAUUUCCGGCCGUCAAAUACGCAGUUCCAGUCGCCAAAUAUGCAGCAGCACCAGUACCGCCAACCACCAUUCCGCCGGCCACAACAAUUCCGCCAACCACAGUACCGCCUGUUGCCAUCAGCACUGCCGCGUACAAGUCGAGUGACAACGCCGCUAAGACCCUUUUAUACGCCACUACGUCAUCGACCUACAAUGCCGAUGCUGUUUACUAUACCACCGAGCCCACCUACUACACCACUACCCCUUACAGCUAUUACGCCGAGACCAUCUACUACAGCACUCAACAGCCAGCAGUUGAUUACGGAACAACCGAGUCCUACUCUGCUCCCGAAUACUCUUACGUCGAUCCUGGAACCUAUUUUGCCGAGGAUGUUACCGGAUACUACACCGAUUCUUCCCUUUACACCACUCCAGCCAACUAUGCCCCUGCUGCAGUUCCAGUGGACUACGUCACAGCCGCUCCAGCAGCAGCAGAUUUCGCUCCUGCCGUUCCAGUCGACUACGCCGAUGCCGCCCGAGCCCACUACAUCGAAGCUGGAUUCAACACUGAGGCUACUCCUGCCUAUUACGCCUACACCGAUCCGACCGCGUACUACUCUGUGGCUCUUGGUGUUGAACAAUAUGCACCGGCACCAAACUACUACACCGACAGCAGCACUGCAGUCUACGAUGGUCAACAGAGCUAUAUCGUCGGAGGCGACGCUUCCUACGCGACUGACGUCCCUGUCUAUAGCAACGACUACACCACAGCCGUUCCAGUUUACUACUACACCAACGACCAAGCUGCAACAACCGCCACGAUCAGUCCGUUCUAUCCGGCUCAAGUUCAAUACACUGCUUAAACGGUUCAUGCGCUUAGCUCUACUGGUUCUUUCUGUUUUCAAGAAACCUUUUCUCUCAAUUCUACGGCUACCCCAACUGGCUGGAUACUUCCAACUUGGAAACCGGGCCCUAACUACCAAGUGAAAGAUGCGAGACUAAUAGUGCACUAUGUUUUUGUUGAAUAUUCUUUGAUUGCUGUUUAAAUAUUGCUGGUUUCAAUGGAAUAAAAUGCUACGUACAAAGA